AUGUCGUCUAUUGAGAUUUUAGCGACAUCUGCAGCAUUUACUGUCCCAAGCAAUCAAUUAAGCGCAGAUGCAAUUGCUGAAAGUGUCGUAUGGGGAAUUAUUGCCUUACUAACUGUGAUUACCAACAGUUGCCUACUUUAUAUCUUAAUUAAGAAGCGCCAUUUAAAGAUUGUUUCCAGGCCAAUAUUAAUCAGCAUCGCUAUAGCAAGUAUUCUAUUUGCAAUCCUAUAUAUUUUACCACGUUGGAGCAUCCCCAACAUUUACCAUAAUCCUAUCUUAUGUCAUAUUUUACCAGUUUUGGGCCAAUCAUUUAUAUUAACAAUUAAUUUUCAUGUAUGGAUUAUUGCUGUUGAUCGCUACAUAUUUAUUGUUCAUCCACAGCGCCAUCGUGCCCAUUGUACUAGAACUACAACUUGGACAAUCUUAUUAGUGGUCUGGAUUAUAACCUUAUUGAUGCCAUUUGUGCCUUUAAUGACCUAUAGUCCGAUCGAUCCUAAAACUUGCGAUUAUAUCGUUCAGGAUAACUUGUCUAAUGAAAUCUUUUACUUAACCUAUUUCAUCGUCUUUUUUUUCGUACCGCUGAUCAUCAUUACUGUAGUUUAUAUCGGUAUUUUAAUUAUGCUGCAUUCCAAACAAAAACGGUAUAGGCAACAAUUAUCGAUGGAUACUUAUGGAUUAACACAAAAACAUCAUAUUAAAAAUGGACGCACUCUUGCCCAUAUGCUAACAUUCAUUGGUGUAUUUGUUAUAUUUUGGCUACCAUUUGUUUUAACCUUCUUGAUUUUACAACUGAGGCCUAAAACAGACCUUCAGCUACAAGUACUCAAGGUUACGCAAUAUAUUGCCUUCUCCUAUCCAGCUUUUAAUCCAAUCAUAUAUUCUUAUUUUACAUUAAAAAUACGUCGAGAAAUUUUCUCAAUGUUUAGACAAUGUGAAAAUAAACUAGGCUGCAACAUUGCUUGUAUUCCUUAUUGUCGUUCUGCCGCCAUAUCACCCGAGCAGCUAGUACAGGAACGUUAUGAUGUGGCAGCUCGCGUUAUUGAUGUUAAACAUCCCUCGACGAUUUUAAUUAUGAAGGGAAGUACUAAACUUGUGAUCUUCUUACUUGAUGGUAAUAAAAAAUUAGAUGAAUUCUAUAUUUUCCUUUAUGUUAUACAGCUUCUGAAUUCUAUUUGGCGUUUAAUGCAGCACGAGUGCUUAAUCGCAUUACUAAGGUUACUAGAAGUAUCUUCGACUGUUGUUAUUAUGAGAUUAGAUGAAACUCUCAUUAUCAUGAUUUGA